AUGGCUGAGGGACCGUAUGGGUUGUGGGUGAGGGGCUUUGCCUGGGCCAUUCCUGAAAGCGGGAAGCAGGUGGAGUCUUCAGGAAACCUGUCUUUUCCUGGACCUCUACUCCACAGAGGGAGAGGCUGCUGCUCGUUGGAGGGGGGAAGGCUUUGUGUGCGAUUCCUUAAACAAAAGGCUUCUUCCGUUCUGAGUCUCAGUGACUACAGCUCUCCACCCAGCAGCCUGCCCCUUUUUUUUACGCACUGAUUGGACUGACUAAUACAGCUCUCUACUCCUCCUUAAGUCUGCAACCAACUUACAUAAGACAAAGGCCAUUGGGCAUUCAUUACUGCUCAGCUUUGAUGUGUGUGUGUGUGUGUGUGUGUGUGUGUGUGUGUGUGAUUGGCUGAUGGUUUCUAUAAUCUCAAUUAUAGGCCUCAAUCAAAGUCUUGUCAAAAGUGUAUUUGGAAAAACUGAUUACGUCAAUAAUCGUAUUGGCCAAUAGGGGCAGUAUGGGGUUGUUGGGUCAGAGAGACAUUGAUUAUGAUUAUGUGUCAUUUGUUGGCUCCUGUUUUAUAUAUGUGCUGUAUUUAGCUCUGCACCUACAUUUUAACAUUCCCUGAGGACUUUGUAAAACUCUGUAAAAGGUCCCGUUACUAAAAAAAGAAACUGCUUGUGUUCUCUUACCUGACGGAUGGGAGUAGCUGGACUUGGUAGAGUUUUUUCCUGGAUGACACAGUGCAAUGUCAUCCUGUGAUCUCAGAGAGGCAGGAGGACAGGGGUCACCUCCCAGCCUGCUAUUGUCCUGCCCUGGGCUCACUGAGCUGACUGGGCUCACACAACACAAGGGACUGGCCCUCAGGAACUGGCCCUUCCUUAGGCCGGGGUAAUGGCUCCAUGCCUCCUGGCUCUAGCCCAUCCCAGUCCUCCCUACACUAACACAGCUCCAGUCACAUGCUCUGUACACCCUCCUAUUCUGUCAGACUCCUUUCCUUCCUCUGGUGUAAUUUUAGUCUUAUUUGAUCAUCAAUGUCAGAGUCAUGGUCUUAAAUGUAGCCUAUUACUGCAUUUCAUACCAUAUCAGCAUACCGGACAUAGGGAAAGGGAAAGGGAUAUCUAGUCAGUUGCACAACGGAAUCCAUUCAACCGAAAUGUGUCUUUUGCAUUUAACCCAACCCCUCUUAAUUGACGUCCUCGUCAUAGGAGUCCGGGGAGCAGUUGUAGUUGGGGGGUUAACUGCCUUGCUCACUGGCUCGGGGAUUCGAACCAGCGGCUUUUUGGUUACUGGUCCAAUACCGCUUGGCUACCUGCCGCCCCAUAUUGGGAUGUAUUAGGUAUUAAUGGUUAAAGAAAAUCGUAUUUUUGUGCAUGUGAAUCAUUUCAUGUACGUUUUGUUAAUGUGAUUCAUUGUCUUAGCACAGGAAAACAGGAGAGUGGAAGGAGAAAGUAGAUUCUCCUAAAGGCUGAUAUUCAACUAACUGUACUUCAUCUCUUCCUCAGGACUUGCAGAGUGAGCUGAGGCCACGUCUGUGUGUGAUCAAGAAGGGGCCUAAUGGCUACGGCUUCAACCUGCACAGUGAGAAGGCCAGACCAGGCCAGUACAUCAGAGCAGUGGACGAGGACUCACCUGCACAGAGGUCAGGCCUGCUGGCUAAGGACAGGAUAGUACAGGUAACUAUCUAGCUCACCUUUGACCUCUGGCAUCAUACUGUAUUAUUAUUAUUAUUAUUAUUAUUAUUAUUAUUCCAUGUAUAGUAAUAGUAUAUUACUAUUGUUAGUAGUAUUCCAUGUAUAGUAAUAGUAUAUUACUAUUGUUAGUAGUAUUCCAUAUAUAGUAAUAGUAUAUUACUAUUGUUAGUAGUAUUCCAUGUAUAGUAAUAGUAUAUUACUAUUGUUAGUAGUAUUCCAUGUAUAGUAAUAGUAUAUUACUAUUGUUAGUAGUAUUCCAUGCACAGUAAUAUUAUAUUACUAUUGUUAGUAGUAUUCAAUGCACAGUAAUAUUAUUACUGUAUAGUAGUAAAUUGAUUCAUAUUGUAUUGAUUAAAAUACUUCUGUAUGUCAUGCAAGCUUUUCUAAAACUACAGGACUUGUCUCUAAUAGCCUUGGCACAAUUCAGUCAUGUUCAAGUUGAAGUGUAUAGUGAGGAGGAAUGUGAAGGGCAGUAAAAGUCUCUGUGUGGGGUCCUAAUCUCAUAGGAGGGUAGAGGUGGACCCAACUGUCACUGGGAGUUAGCUCAGACAGGGAUAAUCCAGCUUUGUCACUGGUGACUUGUCUGCACUCCACCACCCCAGUCUAUUCUGCUCAGUGCUCAGUACUGUAGAGCUGUGUGUGUGUGUGUGUGUGUGUGUGUGUGUGUGUGUGUAUUGUCACAGGUGUGUAUGGCUGCCCUCACUACUCUAGCCACUGUUGUGUAAAUGAGUUGCUGCUAUAGCCCAGCAGCCAUGUCAGGCUGCCAUAGAAAAGGAGAGAGGAAAGAGACGAGAGUUGAGUCCUUUAGACAGAGAGGUUUCCAGCCCCCAGCGAGCCACACACCCACCACCCACCGAGGACUGUAUUCUUUGUGUUAAAUGGACAGCUAUUGUUACUGCCCAAGCAUGUAUCGUUUGGUCUCCUCCCUGGGACUGUAGUAGACAUGCAGGUUCACACUAUGACCCACACAGAUACACACAUACACACACACAUACACGCACAUGCACACACACAAAGAUACACACACAUGCACGCAUGCAUACACACAAACAUGCAUGCACACACACACACACACACAAAAUACACACUCAGAGGUCACAAAACCCACACAUACAAAGUACACACACUAUCUCAGCAGUAGUUCCUCAGAAUGUUCAGCUGUCUGGGGAACAGAAGACAUUUUGACAGAUGCUGGGCCAAUGGCCUUAUGGCUGAGAUGGUGUUGUUAGCACUCUCUAGCUACUAGCAGUUGUUGCUAUCCAAGAACACUGUUCUCUUCAGCAAUGUUUCAUUUUGUAUUCAGGCUACGUACUACAGAUUGUUAUGCAACAGUGAAGGGUUUAACACUCAUUUCCCAAGCGCCUAGGAGAGCUUCAGUUCCUUUCUGUGUGUGUGCAGUAGCAUAUUUUGUGUUUGUGUGAGGAGACAGGAUUUCCUUUCUUGGAACUGCUGGACAACAGACUGAUAAUAUUGAAAACUGAGUCCUUGGUUUGAUAAACAGGUUAUCGUCCUCUUUGUGAGAACAAUGGAAAUAUGCAAGAAAUAGUUUCCCAUAAAUAGUUAGUUACUUGAACAAACUAUCAUGCUGAUGUGAAAGGGAAACCUGUAGUUUUAGGCUGUUGGACAACCUUCACCGUUUUGACUUGGUAAACCAUAGUUACACUACUUAUACAACUAAGGAGUUAAUGCUUCAUGAGCUGAUUUGUGCAGACAUGAUUCUUGUGUCUGUGUGUGUUUUGAAGUUCCUUACACUCUUUCGCUCUCUCUGUCUCUCUCUCUGCCCACCCCCCCUCUCUCUCCAGGUGAAUGGUAUGGCAGUGGAGGGGAAGCAGCACUCGGAGGUGGUGGCAGCCAUCAAGGCUGGUGGUGAGGAGACCUCUCUACUGGUUGUGGACACAGACACAGAUGCCUUCUUCAGGAGGUGCAGAGUCGCUCCCACCCCAGAACACAUCACAGGUGAGACCAGAAACAUCUACAAGAAAGGGCCAGAACUCUAUUGAUGCAGUUUGGCUGAGUUAGUGAUCCUUUCUGUAGACAUACAUGUCCAAGCAUUCAUACACACUGGACGUUAUCGGCCUGCACGUUCCUCACUGUGUGUGUGUGAGGACAGACCUCUGAAGCCCCUCACUCACACUAUCACUGACGGACAUGGGAAUCAUUAUCAGAACUGAGACAGCCUCACAGUGUAGGGAGCGUUUUGCCUCUGCAAUCACCUCGUAAUGAUUCAACCACUUAGUUCUCCUUUAACAGCCUCCUUCAAGGUCUAUAGUCCCCAGAGGUUUCUCUCUCAGGCCAGAUCCCUAACCCCCCGUCCCCCUGUCCUUGGUAAACACUAGCAGAUUAAGGGUAUGUCUGACUGCUUGGCCAGGCUCCUCUGCUCCUCUCUCUCUCUGCCAAGGAACACAGACAUAGAGACACACAGACACUGAGCUCAUCUCAUUUCCUGUUCCCUCACGUUGUUUGCUCGAGGUACAAAAUCCAAACUCUUAGGUACAUAUCUAGAAUCAGCUUAACCUCCCUGAAUGCUAACCACUAUUAGCGGCUAAAUGCAAACUUCCCCAGCUGUCUAGGGGCAACUUCCCCUAACUACCACUGAGCUCUUCACAAAGGGAAGGCUGUUGUACCUCUGAAAACCCCUAGAGGGAGCCUCAGCCUGUGAAUUGACUCCAGUGCUGGAGAGUCUGGAUAUAGGUUGGCAUUUAUUGUCAUGAAUUUUGCCCUGGAGGCAGCUCCAGGGUAGUCACUAGCUGGCACAGCCACAAAGUCUUAAAAUCAGAUUUUAAACCUAACAGAUUUUAAACCUAACCUUAACCAUAACCUUAACCACACUGCUAACCCUAACCUUAAAAUAAGACCAAAAAGCACAUUUUUGCUUUCAUACAUUUUUACAAUAUAGCCAAUAAUGACUUUGUAGCUGGCCCAUCUAGCGGGAAUCGCUCGGUUCUGCCUCCAGGGCAAGAUUCAUGACAAUAAACGUCAAGCUGCAUUUGGCUUGGGAGGCCAGCUGUGCCCAAGUAACACUUGUUGAAACAGGGCGAUGGCGCAUGGUAACACUUGGCUGGCUACUCUGAGUGCCACUCUGAUGUCAUAGAACAGUGAUGCCAGCCCAGCCGACGCUAUGACAACCAUAUGGGUGUGGAGGAAAGCGGUUCCCUCUGUGUCUGGGACAUGCAUAUUAGUCAGUGUGUGUGUGCUACAAACCCCCCCCCCCACACACACACACACACACACCGCCCUGCCCCAGACUGCCUUUAUAUUUCCUCUGCUUGAAGCUCUGCCAUGAAUAACAGUGAAGCGCUGCUGCCUGAUUAGGCCAAAGAUACUGUUUAUUAAAAAGGGUACCUGUCUGUGCCCCUGUCUGUGCCCCUGUCUGUGCCUCUGAGUGAACCCUAUUAAUAAGAAGGUGGGUAGAAGUAGACAAUAUAAGUCAGUUAGUGUCCUUCAUGCUAUUUGAUCUAACUGGGAGUUUUAUGCUUCUUUAGUGCACCAAUAAAAAUACAGUAGUUGCUUUGUUGUGAUAAGAAUUUGCUCACUUUUACAUGGAGGAAUGUUCUUGUAGUCGGAGUCCACACUGGUUGGAUAGACAGCUGUCCAUUGCCAUGGUUACACCUCAAAGUUUACUGAUGAUUGACGUGCUAUGUCCACUCCUCUGAAUAAGUAUAGUGAAGGUCUUAGCCCUAUCUAACUUCCUUUGGUUUCUGCUAUCGGCUUCUAAACCUGACUGAAAAAUGCCCAACAGGAGCAAAAUUCCAUUGAGGCGUUGCCCAGGUAACUGCUCUCUCCUGUUGCCCACUCAGAGGUACCUGCUCACGUGACUUUGGUACACACUCAAGCACGUACACGCGCACGCACGCGUGCGCACACACACACACGCACACACAUACACGUGUGCGCGAACACGCGGGCAAACACACACAAACACACACACGGAUGGACACACACUCCACACUCCCCUCUCGCCACCCCUCUGGCCAGCACUUGUGUUUGGUUUCCAAGGCACUGGCUCCAAGUGGCCUCUCAGCCUAUAGUGUUAGCUGUAUUGGAACUGAAGAGCCUCUUGUCCGUGUGCAAACAGUGAGAAGGGACCCAAGAAGCACAGAGGUACUUAGACACAGCUCUGACAGGUCUCACAACUGUGAGGAGGGACCCAAGGAGCACUGAGGUACUUAGAUAGAGACAGGUCUCAGAACAGUGAGGAGGGACCCAAGGAGCACAGAGGUACUUAGAUAGAGACAGCUCCGACAGGUCUCAGAACAGUGAGGAGGGACCCAAGGAGCACAGAGGUACUUAGACACAGGUCUGAUAGGUCUCAGAACAGCUCAGGGGGACGCAGACCAGGGUCAGGCUAUCUUUAGAUGAUAACAGGUUACUAUCUCACUGAUUGUCUGUCUGUCUGUCUGUCUGUCUGUCUGUCUGUCUGUGUGAGAGGAACUGAAGCAUGGAAGGUAAGGGUCCGUCUUAGUAUUACACCAGCUCCGACCAGGGGUCAGUUGUUCAUCAGUCAACUGUAUCUGUUUGUUUUAGAUAGACACACGGGUUUAGAUAUAGUGUAUUGUCUCUUUCUAUGGUUGACUUAGCCAAGUGAAGAUCAUUCCAUAAUAUCCCUUGUGACAGGGUUAGGGGAGAGUUUGUUACCAGGGCUAUUUGAUACAGGAAGGCUACUGGGGUAGUGGGUUUCAUAUGCAGCAGCUUGUUUGGACGUGAUAAUGCGUGGCAGGUAACCAGGGUCAGAGAACAUCUCUGUGAAGAUCAACCCUGUUUGAAUAAUGGAUGACCUGCACAUACCUGUGCUAUGUAACAGAGUAGGUGUCGCUGGGAUGAAACCCAAACUGGAUAGGAGCCGUUCUCUGGAGCAGGGGUAUGAGUCACUCUGACAUUCUGUUCUGGUGUACGACGGAGGUGGGACAGUCACAGGAUAUUUAGGACUGACUGUAAGAUUGGAGAAUAACCAUGAAUAGAUGUUGUUGAAUGGUUGUGAAUAGCUGGUAUGUGGAGUGUGAGUUUGUGUAGAGUCCAUGACUGAGCAGUGUUCUCUUAUGCUUUCAGGAUCUCUGCCUGAGCCUGUCGUCAACGGAGACAUGGAGAAGACGGUAAGACUGGAUGCCAAAUACCUUAUCGACCCAAUAUCAUACAAAACAAAUAUUUGAGAGAGAGAGAAACAGACAGACAGAGAGAGAAAGAGUUGGGGACAGAGAUGCGGUCUGAGGUACGUGAGGGGGGGCGCUAAUGCACUCCCACAGAGUGGACUUCCCAAAACACUAGUCUUUUUUUUGUGGAGGUCACUGAAACACUGUGGCUCACUGCUCCUGCUUUGGCACUGACUGGCACUCUAUCAGCUGAGCGUUCCUAGGGAGUGGACUAGUAUUAUUUUAUUUGACUGUAGAGUGUGUAUUUACUUUGUGUUUGUGUUGGUUCUCUCUCUCCUUCCAGCACUCUCAUGACUGAAUAGAACAUACUGUCUGUUUCCAGUUUAACUCAGGGAGCCAGGAGAGCAGUCUACCCUGACAGAACAGAACCAGGUCCAGGUGUCUGUAAGAUAGACAGUACCAGGGCUAGUGUAGCCCUCAAUAGUGUGCUCAGAGCCUGGUAGAGGGUUUACAUGGUAUUGUUGGAUAACCUGAAGCUGAAAGCCACACUGUGCUGUUCAGGCAUGGAGAAUUGAGUAGCACCAUGUUAAUCCCUCUGAGGUAUUUGGGCAUAAUCCCUUAGUAAGGGGACAAGCCAGCCCACACCUACUGUGUGUGUGUGUGUGUGUGUGUGUGUGGUGUGUGUGUGUGUGUGUGUGUGUGUGUGUGUGUGUGUGGUGUGUGUGUGUGUGUGUGUGUGUGUGUGUGUGUGUGUGUGUGUGGUGUGAGAGAGAGAGAGGCCAUAGGAUAGCAACCUACUGUAUUAACUGGGGAUUGUGUGUUGUGAUAGAAUCUACAUAUGGUCAGUGAUUUGGAGGCUUGCCAAUCAGGCAGAUAAACCCAGAGUCAGGCCACUGGCAACAAACCGAAGUAGAAGAUUUCAUUAGGUUAACUCCACUACGUUAAUACUAUGCUAAUAUACUUUAUCUCUAAAGAAGACAGUCAGUAGUGUGAGACCCUAGUCCUCAGUCAUUGACCAUCAUCUUAACCCCUGAGUCUAACAGUCAAAACAUUGGAUUAAGAGAGAGGGGAGGCAGGGUAGAGAGGUGAGGGAAAGGGAGAGAGAGAUAAGAGAGAGGUUGUAGAGAGAUUAGGGUGAGGUCACUCUCUGCGGGGUCGUCAGAAAGCGAAUGUUUCCGGGUUUUCAUGGAUACAGUAUUUUCAACCUAACUUCCGUUUCCCCUGGAAAACAGAUGUGGGGUCAUUUUACGCCCGCUAUGUUAGGUUUGGGUGAGGUAGGCACUGUCAUGGCAGGACAGGGGGAUUGCGUCUUCUCUAAUGCUCUGAGCCAAUCAGGCUCUGGUAAACUGCUGCUGCCUCUACUGGCCUAGAGAGACAUGCCAUACAACUUCCCAAGCAGCAUGGCCAGACAGUUUGUGUAUGGGGCACAGGUACAGGCAAGUCUGCCUCCCUGUGGGCAAAUGUAAUAUUGCAGCCAGACUCUCCAUGGAGAGUUCUCUCAAACUUGACCCCCACUUUGGCUACUUUGUAUUUGAUUUGAUUUGUUGCUUGAUUAGAUGUUUUGCUCCAUGAGGUCAUGAAGGUUGCGUGCUAUCUGUGUGUCCACUGCAGGUGAAUGUAAAUGGAAAACUGGCCAAAGAGGUGAAGCAGGACUCUAAGCUGUCAAACAGCCCGUCUCCAAGCAACACCUCCUCCAACGCCUCACUCACAACCCCACCCACAGAGGUAAGUCCCGCCCUGAAAACACACAUGAAGCAGCAUUGAAGCAGCAUUAUAAAGCAGCUGAAGUCUCAUGAUCUGAAUGUGUAUGCAUAGUGACACAGUAAUGUAUAGCAGUAGUCUGUAGUUGAGCACGCUCUUGUAAAAUAGACUACUACAAUAUAAAAAUAUAUAUUUAUUCUCUCUCUAGCCUCGUUUAUACCUGGUGCUAACAUGUGUCCUUUGUCCUAAUCUUAACCACAUUCUGAUUGUGCCCAAAUUGUAGCCGUUGCGUCUACAAUUGUGUCUGCAUUGUGACCAGAUAUCCUGGUCCCUCCGUUUGCAAAUUAUUUGACAGAUAUUCUUUCAAAGUAAUAUCUAUUUAUUUUAAGACACAUUGAUGACAUAAGUCAAAGGCGUCACCUGUCAAUCAUUUUAGAGGGUGGGAUAAUGAUGAUUUAAAUGGUUUCACUGUACAGAUCCAUCUACACUUGAAAGAUAUCAAGACACAAUGCGUGUCUGAAUACCUCCCAAAGUGGUCAGGAAGAUCAGAUCACAAUGUGUCUUUUAAUCGUCCACACCUGUCUAAAUAUGCUGGCAAAAUCAGAAUGUGGACAAGAUCAGGACAAAGGACUCAUGCUUAGAACCAGGUAUAAACGGGGCUUCUGUCUCUAGUGCAUUCUCUCUCUUCUUCUUCUACCACUCCCUUUUAACCCAUCUCUCUCCUCCCUGGUUGGUCAGGGGUCUGAGCCAGUGAUCAUGGGCGCCAUCCCGGGUCUGAACCUGUCCCUGCAGCAGGUCAAGGAGCGUGCUCAUCAGAAACGCUCCAACAAGAGGGCUCCGCCCAUGGACUGGAGCAAGAAAAAUGAACUGUUCAGCAACCUAUAGAUAGAGCACUUCGCCCUACACACACCCACAUACAGUAGAUACUCACAUAGAGGUCAGUGAAGGAGAGAGAGGGACGGAGAGAGAGAGGGGUUGUUCUAAGCCCCAUGCUUUCUAUGACUCAUUAAAACCAGCAGUUUAACUAUUGGUGAGGGAGAAUACAGGUAUAUGUAUGUAAAAUAUAUACACACAGAUUUGUAUUAUAUUCCAGAUGCUAUGAUGUACUAACAAUAUAUAGACGAAUAUGCCAAUGUUGGAAAGGAAACAGCUAGAUCAGAUAAGAAUCUUUGUAUUGUGAUUUGAAAAUCAGUUUUUAAGUAUUCCAUUUUGCGUGUCGAGGUGGUUGUGUAUGUGUGUUCAUCGUACCAAUUUGUGUGUGUGUACCUGAGUGUGUAUGCCCAGAAGACCCUGGAAGUCCCUGCUGGUCAUAGCCUGGUGCCUGUACAUAUAGUGGAGUAGGUCUCUCUUAUGGCCAUUCCUCUACACGUUAAUCAGUCAUUCAAACACAUUUUACCAUACUUUUCUCGCCUUAAAUGAGAAUGGGACCAGUCACUUACAUACCUGACAAUCAGCUACCUGUCUAGUCUAUCACCGUUCACCUUUUAGGGACCAAAUAGGAAGCCUCUGCACACUUCCAGUCAGAAGCAAAAUGUAUUUAAUGUAGCUGAGCUUUGGGUCAGUCGAGCUUCAUCAGACUGUGCUCUGAUGAAGAUCGACUGACCCAAAGCUCAGGUACAUUAAUGAAAUUUGCUUCUGACUGGAAGUGUGCGGAGACUUUUUCAUGUUUCUCCAGUUUUGCCUUCAGCACCUUCACUAAUCAGCUCUGGGUGGGCAGUAGAUUCUAUUAUCUACAAACCUUUUAGGGACCAAAAACCUGAUGAACGACCACUCUGACAGUCACUGUCAGUCAUUGGGGAACGAUAUGUUGGUGCAGUGUCCAUCCAUACCAGUCUUACUUAACUUCAAUAAAUCUUACGUCCAUACUGUAGCAUUGCCAUGACCACUGUAUAUUGUAAUACUGUUUGUGUUUUUUUUUUUUAUUGCCAUUGGCAAAAUGCUUUGAGAUUUUUACACGUUUAUGUAGAUGUACUUAAACAUAAUUUGUUUCUCUAAUAUGAAUAUAUGUCUGCGCUUCACUAGAUUUUAUGUGUAUGUUCAGUAUUGAGAAUGAGAUUCACUAUUUUGACUAUUGAAUUGUAUG